GUGGUGCGGCUCAGGGUAACAGAGCUGUUGUUGCCGGCCGGCGGCGGCGCGGAGCGGCGGGGUCAUGAGGGCAAGCCCGGGGCGCGGCAGCCGAGCCGGCCGGUAGGAUUGCCGGUCCCCGAGGACUUCGUGGGCGAAGGGUUCGGUGCAGGGGCCGGGAGGCGUUGGGGAGCCGGGGCCUCCCUCAGGGACGUGUCCUGGGCGAGGCGGCCCGUAGUGUGAAAGCAGCUUCAGGUAAAGGUUGCCCCAGCCGCCGCCCCCUCGCCCGCGGGACCCUGCGGCUCCUCAGCACCCCGCUGCCCGCGUUGCCCAGCGGCGCCCGUCAGGGCCGUGCUCGGUAGCCCGGGAGCAUCCAUUUUCUGGCCCUUCUCGAGCCUGACAGCAGGGUGUGUGACUUAGGGCUUCAUGCUUGUGAGCCUACCUUUAAGCUGUUGCUGUUUCUUGGGCUUUCUUGCCAUACAUACUCCCUGGGCAAGCUCAUUCACACCUAUGGCUUCAUCUGUCACACGUAUGUUGAUGUGUUCCAGAUUUACUGAGAGUUUUCUCCAGACCUACAGGUAGGAGAGCCCGUGAAACAGUAUGAAGAGGAGAAAAAUAGCCUUUUAAAGAGACUGGCCCACAGAAAGGAUGGCCUUCUUGGACAAUCCAACUAUCAUUCUAGCUCAUAUUCGACAGUCACACGUGACCAGUGAUGACACGGGAAUGUGUGAGAUGGUUCUCAUUGAUCAUGAUGUUGACCUAGAGAAGACUCAUCUUCCUUCAGUGCCUGGAGACAGUGGGUCAGAAGUGCAGGGAAGCAGUGGUGAGACGCAGGGCUACGUGUACGCCCAGUCUGUCGAUAUUACCUCCAGUUGGGACUUUGGUAUUAGAAGACGCUCAAACACAGCUCAAAGAUUAGAACGACUCCGCAAAGAGAGACAAAACCAGAUCAAAUGCAAAAAUAUUCAGUGGAAAGAAAGAAAUUCUAAGCAAUCAGCCCAGGAGUUAAAGUCACUGUUUGAAAAAAAAUCCCUCAAAGAGAAGCCUCCAAGUUUGGGCAAGCAGUCCAUAUUGUCUGUACGCCUGGAGCAGUGCCCUCUGCAGCUGAAUAACCCCUUUAACGAGUACUCCAAGUUUGAUGGCAAGGGUCAUGUGGGUACAACUGCAACUAAGAAGAUCGAUGUCUACCUCCCCCUGCACUCGAGCCAGGACAGACUGCUGCCAAUGACGGUAGUGACAAUGGCCAGCGCCAGGGUGCAGGACCUUAUCGGGCUCAUCUGUUGGCAGUACACAAGCGAAGGACGGGAGCCAAAGCUCAAUGACAAUGUCAGUGCCUACUGCCUGCAUAUUGCUGAGGAUGAUGGGGAGGUAGACACAGAUUUCCCACCGCUGGAUUCCAAUGAGCCCAUUCAUAAGUUUGGCUUCAGUACAUUGGCCCUGGUUGAAAAGUAUUCCUCUCCUGGUCUGACAUCCAAAGAGUCGCUCUUUGUUCGAAUAAAUGCUGCUCAUGGGUUCUCCCUUAUCCAGGUGGACAGCACAAAGGUCACCAUGAAGGAGAUCUUGCUAAAAGCAGUGAAGCGAAGAAAGGGAUCCCAGAAAACUUCAGGCCCUCAGUACCGCCUGGAGAAGCAGAGCGAGCCUAACAUCGCGGUGGACCUGGAGAGCACGCUGGAGAGCCAGAACGCCUGGGAGUUCUGCCUGGUCCGCGAGAACAGUUCAAGGGCAGACGGAGUUUUUGAGGAGGAUUCACAAAUUGACAUCGCUACAGUACAGGAUAUGCUUAGCAGCCACCAUUACAAGUCAUUCAAAGUCAGCAUGAUCCACAGACUGCGAUUCACAACUGACGUGCAGCUAGGUAUCUCUGGAGACAAAGUAGAGAUAGACCCUGUUACGAAUCAGAAAGCCAGCACUAAGUUUUGGAUUAAGCAGAAACCCAUCUCAAUCGAUUCUGACCUGCUCUGUGCCUGUGACCUUGCCGAGGAAAAGAGCCCCAGUCACGCGGUAUUUAAGCUUACGUAUCUAAGCAGUCAUGACUAUAAGCACCUCUACUUUGAGUCCGACGCAGCCACAGUCAGUGAAAUCGUGCUCAAGGUUAACUACAUCCUGGAAUCUCGAGCAAGCACUGCCCGGGCUGACUAUUUUGCUCAAAAACAAAGAAAACUGAACAGACGUACAAGCUUCAGCUUCCAGAAGGAGAAGAAAUCAGGGCAGCAGUGACACUGGCCUCCAGUCUGUUGCGACAGCCCAGAUUGCCCGCCAGGCCAGGUGGCCCCAGAGCCCACCUGCAUCCUGCAGUGCCUGGACUCACAGGCAUGGCGCUGCUAGGCUCUACAAGAAGUUUCAGACAUCGGGAGUGCCAUUCAGUCCAAGGACAUUGCCAUUGGACUGAAACCUGGCAAUGGCUUUAAGUAGCAAUGCCCAGGAGCCAGACUAUCUCCUGGAGGGGCCAUGUGCUGCCCAGCCACCUUCACUGCCAGGCAGUCCCUCCAAGGAUGUACAUAGCCAUGCCAGACAUCUCCUUGCAACUUGAUCAAAUUUCUUAAAGCAAACAAAGAACAAAAGUGUACAUUUCUCUUUUUUUCCUUUUAAUAAACAGGUGUUCUCUUUA